AUGGGUAAGGGUACUCCAUCUAUGGGUAAGAGACACAACAAGUCUCACAUCAUCUGCAACAGAUGUGGCCGUCGUUCUUUGCACGCCCAGAAGAAGACCUGUGCUUCUUGUGGCUACCCAUCUGCUAAGAUGAGAUCUUACAACUGGGCUUCCAAGGCCAAGAGAAGAAGAACUACUGGUACCGGUAGAAUGGCCUACCUUAAGCACGUCAGCAGAAGAUUCAACAACGGCUUCCAGACUUCCGUCAAGACUGCUUAA